UAAUGAAGAGAAAUGAAAACAUAUGUCUACACAAAGACUUGCCCACAAAUAUACACAGCAGCUUAGUUCACCAUGGCCACAAACUGGAGAUAACUCCCACGUCUGAACAGGAGAGCAAAUUUUAGUAGAUCCACCCAAUGGAAUACUACUCAGCAAGGAAAAAGGACACGAACAUAGAUGAAUCUCUCAAGCAUGUUGAGCAAAUGAAGCCAGACACAAAAGAGUAAAUGCCAUUGGAUUCUAUUUCUAUGCAUUCUAGAACAGACAAACCUAAUCUAGAGUGACAGCAGAUCAGCAGUUGCAUAGAAUAGGAGGUGCUGGGGGACUGACUGCAGAGGAAUGAAGGGAACUUUUGGUGGUGAUGGAAAUGUUCUGUGUCUUAAUUAAGGACAUCAAAAAAGGGUACAUUUUAUUACAUGUAAAUUAUACCUCAAUAAAGUUGAUCUAAAAGUCUAAGGAGGGAGAGGCUGCAUAUAUAAGGGAAAUCACAUGUGGUCAUGUGGGGCUCCAAGUAGUAGGAAGGGCAGACGCCAGUGGGUGAGCAAAGUGCAAAGGCAGGUGGAUUCGGGUGGGGAGCUCAGGCAGGGCCAGGUUUAGGGCUUCUUUUCUCCAUGAAGAAGGUAAGGUCUCAUCCUCCUCAGGGUGAAAAUGGAAAGAGUUUGGGGAGAGAAAAGGUUUGAAAUAGCCGUAGAGAGCAGAAGAGCAAGGAGAAGAGAGGCGGGGCAGAAGUUUUUCAGUGGGGAGGGAUCUGUUGAAGGCAGUGAUCAUGAACCUAUGGUGGCCGCCAUCCGUCCUCUAAGUGAUUUUUCUGGCUGCCAGCAUGUAGGUGUGAAGACAGCAAAAUGCUUAGGUUCAUCCAGGCUCGGAUGUUCAUCAGGUGGUUGAAAGAAAGGAACUGAGAGAGAAGCAAGAGCAAAACAAAGAUAACAGACUGCGGCUUUCAACUGGGUGGGAGGAAGAGAAGACGGGAAAGUGAGGCAGGUCAGGUGAGAAGAGAAGGAACGAAGCCCUGGAAACAACCCCAGUGUCCAUCAGGAGGGGCCUGGAAGGCACCCUGAGGUGGCUGAGCAAGCGUCCUGGAAGGAAGAGACUGGACAGGGAGGCUUCUUAGCUCUCGUGAAUAAUUAGCUGUCUUAAAAGUGGAGCAACGUCAGCGGGAGCUAUUACUGUCAGGCGAUGGCAUGAUUUGCCAAAAUCUGUACCGCAAGACAAUGAUGGAGCUGGGCUUUGCUGACUCUGCCGAGUCCCCGGUUUUACUGCUUCUCUUUUGAGCACUUCAACAUGAUGAAGACCUUGAUUUGGGAAUCCCAAAUCAGGCCUCAAGAUCCAGCAUUGGGACAAGAGAAAUGGGACUGUUCCCCCAAAAGCCAGGCAGCAAGCGUCCAGUAUACAAGAGAGCUAAAAUGCAGGAUGGCUCUGAUGCAGAGACCAGAAUGCAGAUUUCAGCAGUGGGGUGGGGUGCCAGACAGAGAGCCUCUGGCCCAGGGGUUUGGAAUCAGGCCUGUGUUUCUCCAUCCCUCAUAACACUCACCAGUUGGUAAUCUUAUCUUUGAAUGGCAUCUUUAAUAUAAUCUGAUUAAUGACCAUCUGCCCCAUUAGUCCACAAGUUCCACAGGGGAUGGGGUGAUGUCUGCUUUGCUCACUUCUGUAUCAUUGGAGCCUAGCACAGGGCCUGGUAUACAGUAGGCGCUCAGUAAGUACGGUCCACCACCUUCCUCCUUUUCUCCUCUCCCUCUGCCUCCCACCUCAUGCCGCACCCAUUCUGCAGAGCCAUAAAACCCAACCCAGGUUGGACUCUCACCUCCCCAUCCCCUCCUGGCCAGUCCCUUACCUCAAGUUGUGGGUGUGUGUGGUGGGGGUGCUGGUGUCCCCUACAUCUAGCUCUAGGUGCCCCCAACUACAUGUAGGACUGGGGCCCUAGUGGACCUCGGAUCUGGCCAGGUUGCUAUUGCCAUGGCAACAGUGACAGUCCUCAGCUGCAGGUUCCCUAAGUGACUGGUUACUCUUUAACGUAUCCACCCACCUUGGGUGAUUAGAAGAAUCAAUAAGAUAACCAGGCGGUGGCAGCUGGCUGUACUCACUGCCUUCCCGGACUGGCUCCCGGUGGCCCCGCUGCUGCUCUGUGUGGGGCCCGGCUCCUCCAUGCCCCUGUGUCUCCAGCUGAGUGGGCUCCGCCAUGGUCAGUGUGAACGCGCCCCUUGGGGCUCCAGUGGAGAGUCCCUAUGACACAUCCCCAUCAGAAGGUGCUAACCUCAACGUGACCAACAGCCUGGGGGUCAGCGCCCUGUGUGCUAUCUGCGGGGACCGGGCCACAGGCAAACACUACGGCGCCUCAAGCUGUGAUGGCUGCAAGGGCUUCUUCCGGAGGAGCGUGAGGAAGAACCACAUGUACUCCUGCAGAUUUAGCCGACAGUGCGUGGUGGACAAAGACAAGAGGAACCAGUGCCGCUACUGCAGGCUCAAGAAGUGCUUCCGGGCUGGCAUGAAAAAGGAAGCCGUCCAAAAUGAACGGGACCGGAUCAGCACUCGCAGGUCAAGCUACGAAGACAGCAGCCUGCCCUCCAUCAAUGCCCUCCUGCAGGCUGAGGUCCUGUCCCAGCAGAUCACAUCUCCCGUCUCCGGGAUCAACGGAGACAUUCGGGCAAAAAAGAUCGCCAGCAUUGCAGACGUGUGUGAGUCCAUGAAGGAGCAGCUGCUGGUGCUGGUGGAGUGGGCCAAGUACAUCCCCGCUUUCUGUGAGCUCCCCUUGGAUGACCAGGUGGCCCUGCUCAGAGCCCAUGCUGGUGAGCACCUGCUGCUUGGGGCUACCAAGCGAUCCAUGGUGUUCAAGGAUGUUCUGCUUCUAGGCAAUGACUACAUCGUCCCUCGGCACUGCCCAGAGCUGGCAGAGAUGAACCGGGUGUCCAUGCGCAUCCUCGACGAGCUGGUGCUGCCCUUCCAGGAGCUGCAGAUCGAUGACAAUGAAUACGCCUGCCUCAAAGCCAUCAUAUUCUUUGACCCAGAUGCCAAGGGGCUGAGCGACCCGGGCAAGAUCAAGCGGCUGCGUUCGCAGGUGCAGGUGAGCCUGGAGGACUACAUCAACGACCGCCAGUACGACUCGCGCGGCCGCUUCGGCGAGCUGCUCCUGCUCCUGCCCACUCUGCAGAGCAUCACCUGGCAGAUGAUCGAGCAGAUCCAGUUCAUCAAGCUCUUCGGCAUGGCCAAGAUCGACAACCUGCUGCAGGAGAUGCUGCUCGGAGGUCCGUGCCCGGCACAGGAGGGGCUGAGAGGGUCCUCCAGUGAGGCAACUCAUGCCCAUCAUCCCCUGCACCCUCACCUGAUGCAGGAACACAUGGGCACCAACGUCAUUGUUGCCAACACGAUGCCUGCUCACCUCAGCAAUGGACAGAUGUGUGAGUGGCCCCGACCCAGGGCGCAGGCAGCCACCCCUGAGACUCCACAGCCCUCUCCGCCAGGUGGCUCAGGGUCUGAGCCCUACAAGCUCCUGCCGGGAGCAAUUGCCACAAUCGUCAAGCCCCCCUCCGCCAUCCCCCAGCCAACCAUCACCAAGCAGGAAGUCAUCUAGCAAGAUGCUGGGGGCCGGAGGCUCUGCUGGCCUCCUCGCCCCCCUCGGAGAGCCCCGGUGCUCCCUUGGUCACAGUGAAGGAAGUCGUGACCACAGGGCCAGUCUCAGAGCAGCAAUGGAAAGGACGAACGGCCCAGGAACUUGGGCUGCGGGCCAUGUCCCAUUGCUACCCUCCUCCCCCUGCUCUGGAUGGCGGGGCUUUGACGUGGGGAGACCCCAGCUGGAAAAUUCUCUGCUGCCUUGGACUUUUCUCCUACCAAAGCCACUUCACCCGUAUCUUCACCCCCAGAGGACAGCUGUUUGGGGAUGACAUGGGACCUUGCUUAAACAUAGCCCCCUCCCCUCUCCGACCAGUGCUUCUCUCCCAGUGCUGUCACAGAGUGCGGACGCAGAGCCCUUCGAGGCUGCAUCGGAUCGCAGCGCCUUACCCCUCCCUGUUCUGCUGCCCCAGCCUCACAGCUCCUCUCCAUGCACCUUCCUCAGCAUCCUGGUUCCUCCCAAGCCCCAUCUCCUGAGGCUGAGGAAGACUUGCACACAAUUCCCUGGCUAUUCCUGGAGAUUUCUAAAGCACUGGCUGGGGCCACCCACAGGGUAGGAGGCUGUAGAAAAGGAAGACACCAUCUUUCCUCUAACUCACGGCUCUUCCCUUCUUUGGGAGAUACUGAGUAGUUGCCAUCAGUACUCAGACCUAUGAUCCCUACACGCUUUCAGCAAUGAGGAAACAGCCCAAGCUGGGCAAGUGCAACAGGGACUUGGAGGGAGGGCUGGAGGGCCAGAAAGCAUCUGGAAAGGGAUGAUACUGCACGAGGCCAUUAAAGAGGGGUUGGAUUCUGGCUGGUGGAGCAGGUGAGCCGGGACAUUCCAGGGAGGGCAGACAGCCUGGACAAAGCCUAGAGGUCAGCAGAAGGGGAUGGGAGGGAGGCGAUGAAAAGACCAGGCUGUCUGGAGCAGUGUGAAAGCCUUGAAUGCCAGCCUGAGGCAUUGAGACUUGGGGACCUGAGUCACGAGUAGCUGAGGAGGGAUGUGCAGAGUAAACUGAGCUUUCAGAAGCUGAAGACAGCAUCCUAGAGGGACUGGAAGGUUGGGAGGGAGCAGGGAGCUCAGAUGGGAGCUGACGGUGCAGACCAGGUGUGAGUGAUGAGGCUUAGGGACGGAAAAGAUGGGGGAUGAGUCCUUAGGUCAGAGGGAUCCAGGGGAGAAUCAGCCCCAGUCUGUCCCAGACUUCCUUAUUCCCUGCACUGUCUGAGGCCUUGACAUGCAUCAUCUCCUUUCUCCCCCACCCCGUUACCCAGAGAUGGCCACAGAACAUGGAAUGGAGGUCUAAGAGGUGAAGUGGUUUUUCUGGAACUCACUCAGCUAGUAAGUGGCUGCAUCCGGCCUUGAUUCCAGUCUGCCUGGAUCAGAACUGAGCUCUUAACCACAGAGGCUGAUCACCUCUGAAAGGGCUCCUGUGUCCUCACUGUGAGCCAGGGGAGGGACUUCCUGCACCUUUCACCAGCUUCAGAAGCCAAUGGCUCACCCUUCCCCAGGGUCCUGCCCAUGCCCAAGACUAAGAUCAGCCUGAGGCUGCACUCCAGCCCCCUUAGGGUCCAGAUCCUGUUAGUGAUAAACAAGGAACAUCCGUAGUUCUUGGAUCCCUUUUCUUUACUCCCCAAGUCUGGGGCAGGGGUUUGGUUCGUGGAAUCUGGGAGUGGGAUGGUUUGGAGGGGGAGCAGGGAACAGGUAAGAAGGCCUGGGUUUGAAACUUGAAAUGCAUUUUGGAAACAUUAAAUCCCAGGUGGGAACAGCCAGUACCUCAUCCAUGUAGAAUCUCAGUGGCUUUGGGGAAAUUGCAGAAAGUGCAACUCAUCAGUGGAAAUAAAAGAGACGUGCCCUGUGGCUAGAGCUGUGCUUACGUGGGAGAGUGAACACACAGUUAGGCUGGCUCCCUAACCCCACCGAGGGCUGAUUCUUUGGAGUGCAUGGGGGCUGUACUCCACCGCCUCCAAUUGUGCCAUUAGUCGUAGCUCCUGUUUGUGAACAAGGCAUGUAAGUCCUGGGGGAGUACGUCCAAGAGAAAUCUCUGCAUCUCCAGCGCUGUCAGGAGGGCCUUGCCCACUCCCCCAAGCCAAGUGCUCAGUCCCACUAGAGACUGUCCCCCGCUCAGAGUUCUCAAGCCUUCCUCAGCCACCCCUCACUCUAUAUCCCUAGACAUCCCAGCCAGGGGGCUCAGACUACUCUGGGCAAGGUUGGAGAGCUGGAAUUGUUGGCCACUGUGGUCAUCCCACUCUUUGCUCCUCCACCCCCUUAACCUGUAUCACUCAGCCUCUACCAUGGGAACAAGCUGAGAUAGGAAUUUGCAAAGGGUGGAGUGGGGUAACUGGCUUUUAACAGCAGCAGUCCUCUGGGCCAGGGGUCAGUCCUUGUCUCCAAAUUAACCCACCCUGGAGGAGAAAUCCAUUCUGCUUUAGUAGUUUUAUUGCAAUACAGGAAACACAAAACAAAGAGAAGUUUACUUUUCUGAUCCUGAACCGAACACACUGCAGUGGAGAUUCUUUUUUUUUUUUUGCUACCUGAGUUGUGGUCCUAAAACAUAAUGUCUGAACGAUGGAGAAGGAGUUUGGAGGGCAAGUACGGACCUGUGAUUCCGCCAUGUAGACAGCCCCUUUGCUAGGCAGCCAGCUCUUAGAAGCCUUCAGAGCCCACUGGCUCUCCAGAGGGUGGACAGAGGAGAGAAGAGGGUCAGACAUGGGUGCUCCUAGAUUUUUUUGUGAUGACCAAGCCAAUUGCCUUUACCAAAUUGCUUUGUGAUUUCCCCCUAUUGGGAUGAACUGUGAAAUUAACAUCAGGCAGUUCUGGAAGUAAGCUGUGUCCCAUCGGGCCACCAGCAUCUUCCCAUGGGUGUGAGUCCAUCAGGUCCUGUGCCGACCCCUGAACCCCCAUCACUGCCACCCAGUGGGGCAAAGAAGCAAAAAACAUUUCUUACUCUUGUGUGUUUUAACAAAAGUUUAUAAAACAAAAUAAAUGGCACAUAUGUUUUCUAA